UUCUUCUUCUUCUGUUGUAGCUCUCUGAGAAUAAGAGUUAAGGAAGCAAUCUAAAGGUCUGGUCUGGUUUGGCAAUGGCUGAGGAGAAUACUUCAGAGGUCAAUGAGAUUGAGAAUUCUUGCGGUACAAAUCCUCUGGUGAUGUCUGAAGAAGUUUCCGUGGAAACAGGAAAUGUAACGGAGGUGGAAGAUGUUACAUCUGUGGUAUCCAAGGAUCAAGAAGAGAUUAUUAUACCAGAGAUCAAUGAAGUGCCUAAGCCACAAGGUGCUACUUUGAGACGUCAUUCGACUGGAACAAUGGGUAAACCGCAGGUUCAGUCCCGUUAUCGUGGGAAUCAUCGUGUGGCUUCGACUCAUGAUUUGUGUAAACAUGGGAAGAGGUGUGAUCAAGAUGAUGCCGUGAAACCGUGGAAGAUGGCUAGGAGAAAGAGUGUUGAAGGCUCAGAUGUUUUGAUCAAAGUUGAGACUUCAAGUUUGACAAGGAAGUCGUUGGGAAGUCUGAGUAGACAGGUUCCUGGAACCAAACCGGAGAGUUCUGUUGCUGCAAAGGGGGAUACAUUGUCUGUGAAAAGAAAACCAUUUGCUUCUUCUGCUAAUUCACAAUCUAGCUCCAAAGAAGGUAGUGAGAUUGCAAGUUCUGUUGAUGGUUCUAGCGUUAAAAGCUAUGACAGAACGCGGAAAAAUAAAGAAACAGAGAGUACUCUGAGUGGUUCCUCUGUUGUUAAAAAGGUUCCUGGCUUGAGAAAUGAGAAGUCAAAUACUGCUGUUAAUGUUAUGGGGAAGGUUUCAAGGGUCAGUGGCGCCGGAAGUUUUAAGGUUUCUGCUCCAAAGAAUGUGGAAAAGGCAAAGACUCCGACAAUUAACAGUGAAGAUGUCAAAGAGAAGACUGUGUGUGUUGUUGAAUCUAGCGUCAAAGAUGUUGAGAGUGAGAAGAAGGAAUCAUCUGAGAACAAAACCAUGAGAAGUGGACAUAAAAGCUUGACUACUCCUAAACGUUGUUCUAGUCCCACUAAGCAGAUUCCUGGUAAAAUCAGUACCGGUUUGAUGACUAAGAAAAAAGAAACUGGUUCUGCAGACCCUGAAGCGAGUCCAAAAGCCGAGAAGAAGAUUAGGCCUAAGAGGACAGGAGUAAAGGUGACUCUAGCUCAUCAGCUGUCUUUCAAGAAAGGAAAGGUUCUUGAGCCGAAACCUGAAAAUUCUUCUCCAAGAUGGAUCAAGUUCAGAAAGAGGGCUGUGCAGGAGUUGAAAACGCAAACCGAAGGAAAGAAGAAAAAUCUUAAAGAUAAAAGAUUGGAUGUUGAGAGGGAAAGCGGUUCUUGCGAAAGUAGUAAACGUGAGAAGGUUGUUCUGAGGCAUCGAAAAGUAGAAGGGAAGAAGAAGAUGAUUACAUUGGUAAACAGUGUGAUUGAGGAGACAGUGAAUAGGCUCACAAAGGUGAGGAAGAACAAAGUGAAAGCUCUUAUUGGUGCUUUUGAAACUGUUAUCUCUCUUCAGGACACUAAGACAUCUCAAAAACCAGGUCGAACCAAGGCCACCACAUCUGCGUCUAAGGUUAGGCCUUUGGUCUCCGAACAGUGAAAGAAAAAGAAAAAAGUUUAUUUGUGCAUAUGAUAUAUUAACAUACAAGAUUUUAAACUUCGAGAACAGAUUUUAAGAGGAAGAGAGCAAGAGAGAGAGACAUAAUUUUCUUGUUACUGUCCUCAAAAUAGCAAAAGUGUUUAUUGCGUACUUUGACCAUUACUGAAUGAAUGUGAAGCUUUCAAGUUUUA